AGCCCAUUGGCCCAGCCGCCCUUCGCCGUGGGGCCGGGGUGACCCGGGGGGGGGUCACUCGCUCGCCCUUGGCCGUCACCAUGUUCGCUGCUUGGGGGGCUGCCCCACGGCGGGCCCUGGCCUCCGCCGCCGGGACCCACGCGGGCGCUGCCGGAGGUCGGACGUGGCGGGCGCUGUCGUUCCUGGUGGCGCUGCCGGCGGUGGGGGUCUGCAUGCUCAACGUCUGGCUGGAGGAGCAUCGGCACCACCGCCAGCCCCCCGCCUUCGUGCCCUACCACCACCUCCGCAUCCGCACCAAGCCGUUCCCGUGGGGUGACGGGAACCACACGCUGUUCCACAACCCCCGCACCAACCCCCUGCCCACCGGCUACGAGAAAUAGGGACCCCCGGGACCCCCCCGGGACCCCCCCGGGACCCCCCAAAUAAACAAACACCCUCAACCUGC